AUGGAGGCCACAACUUGUAAUGGAUCAGGAGAUGACUCACCUGUCUUCUACCUGGCGGGCAUCCCCUCUCUGCCAGAGCACCUCUUCCUUCCUAUCUUCUUUGUCUUCCUCCUCCUCUACCUGCUCAUCCUGCUGGGCAAUGCCCUGAUCCUAGGGGCUGUGGUGGCAGAGCCUAGCCUCCACAAACCCAUGUACUUCUUCCUCAUCAACCUCUCAGCCCUGGACAUCCUUUUCACCACAACCACCGUUCCCAAGAUGCUGUCUCUAUUCCUGUUUGGAGACCACUUCCUCAGCUUUCCUUCUUGCCUGUUGCAGAUGUACCUCUUCCAAAGCUUCACAUGCUCAGAAGCCUUCAUCCUGGUGGUCAUGGCCUAUGACCGCUAUGUGGCUAUCUGCCGCCCACUGCACUACCCUGUCCACAUGACCCCACAGACCAACGCUGCACUGGCAGCCAGCGCCUGGCUCACUGCCUUCCUCCUGCCAGUCCCAGCAGCAGUAAAGACCUCCCAGAUGGCAUACAACAGCAUUGCCUACAUCCACCACUGCUUCUGUGACCACCUGUCUCUGGUCCAGUCCUCCUGCUCCGACACCACCUCCCAGACCCUCAUGGGCUUCUGCAUCGCCAUGGUGGUGUCCUCUCUGCCCCUCCUGCUGGUGCUUCUCUCCUAUGCCCACAUCCUGGCCUCGGUACUUCGCAUCAAGUCUCGAGAAGGCCGCUCAAAAGCCUUUUCCACCUGCAGCUCCCACCUCCUGGUGGUGGGCACCUACUACUCAUCCAUCGCUGUAGCCUACGUGGCCUACAGGGCUGACUUGCCCCUCGACUUCCACAUCAUGGGCAAUGUAGCAUAUGCCAUCCUCACACCAAUCCUCAACCCCCUCAUCUACACACUGAGGAACAAGGAUGUUAAGGCAGCCAUCACCAAAGUUGUAUGUCCUAAGACUUAG